AUGGAUUUGAUAAAAAAAAAACAGAAUAAAAUAUACACGAGAUUUUUCCCGAUAUGUUUAUUGUUGAUUUUUUGAUUAUUUUUAUCAAUCCAUUAAUUAAUUUCAUUCGUUUUAUUAUUCUAUAAUGAUAUUUAUUUUAUAGAAAUUAAUCUCCUAUUGUUUUGAUUCGAUGAUAACAAUAUCAUUCAUGCUUUCUAUCACUAGUCAUUAUAUAACAAGAAAUAAAAUUUAUCUCCGUUAUAUAAUCGUCCUAGAGAAAUACAUGAAGUUUUUAAAAACACAUGUAACAGAGUCAGUAACCGUGUCCAUCACACUUCAAUGAUUCUUCACACCGCAUACCUAAUAUUUUUUUAUGUUUCUUGUCACAACGACAUUAAUAAGAAUUAUCCUUCUAAAUAAUGUAAAUUAGAUAAGAUUGUUUUAUAAAGUACUCCAUACUCCGAUGAUUCAUUCGAUCAUUAUUUUCUAGUAGAUUCCAUUUGUUUUUCUUUGAUUGAUGUUAUGUGUGUUACUGAUAAGAAUUUUUUAUUUUAGAUCAGUCUUUUUUUUCUUCCUAAUACAAUCACAUUGUUUAGAACAUGUUGAUUAUAUAAUUGUUGUGAAAAAGAUUUGUUUUUUGUUUAUUAAAUUAUGAGAAUACCAUUUACUAAAAAGAAGGUUGUCGAAGGUAUGUAUUAAAAAAUAUUAUUUUUUUAUUAUUCAUUCAUAAUUAUAUUUUCAGAGGAGAGUAGAAAGAUUAAAGCCAAUGAUCCGUCACUUGACACAACACAAUAUGCGGGAAAUGAAAUUACUACAUCGAAAUACAAUAUAAUAACAUUUUUACCUAAAAAUUUAUUUGAACAAUUUCGUCGAUUAGCUAAUGCUUAUUUUCUCUUUCUUCUUUGCUUACAACUUAUUCCACAAAUUAGUUCAUUAGCUCCAAUAACUACGAUAUUACCACUUGUAUUUGUCUUAGCUUUAACAGCAAUCAAAGAUGCCAGUGAUGAUAUUGCAAGACAUCGUAGUGAUCGAGAAGUGAAUAAUCGGGAAACAAAAACGGUCGUUGGAAAAGAAUUUGUAACAAAAAAAUGGAAAGAUGUUAAAGUGGGUGACAUGAUCCAAUUAACUAAUAAUGAAUUUGUUACUGCUGAUGUUGUUAUAAUAUCAUCGAGUGAUGAAAAUGGACUUUGUUUUAUUGAAACAGCUGAAUUAGAUGGAGAAACAAAUCUUAAAGUACGACAAGCAUUGGAAGAAACAUGUAAACUUGGAGAAGAUCUUAAUGAAUUAUCAAGUUUUGAUGCUGAAAUUGAAUAUGAAGCACCAAAUAAUAAUCUCGGACGUUUUGAAGGAAAUUUAACAUGGAAAGGUAAAACAUAUCCAUUAAAAAAUGAUAAUGUUUUAUUACGUGGUACUCGUCUAAGAAAUACACAAUGGGCUUUCGGAAUUGUUUGUUAUGCUGGUUCAGAUACAAAACUAAUGAAAAAUAGUGGUAAAGCUACAUUUAAACGUACACAAAUUGAUCGUUUACUCAAUCGACUUAUUCUUGGUAUCUUCUGUUUCUUAUUGGUAAUGUGUACUAUUAUGACAAUAUGUAGUGGCCUAUGGGAAUCAUUUGUUGGUUAUGAUUUUCGUAGUUAUUUACCAUGGGAAACAUUUCUAUCACAAGAUCGACGUGUUGGUGCCGUUCAAAAAUGUUUAUUAGUAUUUUUAUCAUAUAUUAUUAUAUUAAAUACUGUCGUACCAAUAUCGCUUUAUGUCAGUGUGGAAUUUAUACGUUUAUUACAAUCGAAAUUUAUUGAUUGGGAUGUUAACAUGUAUUAUGCACCAAAUAAUGUUCCGGCACAAGCACGUACAACAACAUUAAAUGAAGAAUUAGGUCAAAUCGAAUAUAUAUUCUCGGAUAAAACAGGAACAUUAACACAGAAUAUAAUGACGUUUAAUAAAUGUUCAGUACGCGGAAAAUUAUAUGGAUAUGUAACUGAUGAAGCUGGAAAUGAAUCACAAGAAGCUGAUAAAUCAAAACAAUUAGAAUUUGAAGAAAAAGAGGAAGAUUUCGAAUGGUAUGAUCAAAAAUUAAUUGAUGCGAUUAAAAAUGGUGAUGAAGAUGUAAAUAAUUUUUUUACACUUUUGGCUCUUUGUCAUACGGUUAUGCCCGAAGAAAAAGAUGGAAAAAUAAUUUAUCAAGCUCAAUCACCUGAUGAAAAUGCGCUUGUUACAGCUGCACGAACAUUUGGUUUUGUAUUUGAUAAUCGUAAUCAAAGUAGUAUUACAGUUCGUUUACAAGAUAAAGAAGAAACUUAUGAUUUACUUAAUAUACUUGAUUUUAAUAAUGAUCGAAAACGAAUGUCGAUUAUCAUUAAAAAAGAAGGAAAAAUUGUUUUGUAUUGUAAAGGUGCUGAUUCAAAAAUUAAGGAACGUUUGGAUGCAUCAGAAAAAGAGAUAAUGGCAGAAACAGAUGAACAUUUAAAUAAAUUUGCAUCGGAUGGUUUACGUACACUUCUUUUAGCAUGGAAAGAUUUAGAUGAAGGAGAAUAUAAUAAAUGGGCUGAGUCAUUAGAUAAAGCAAAUACAAGUAUGGAAAAUCGAGAUGAAAAAGUUAGUGAAGUAUAUGAAGAAAUUGAAAAAAAUCUUAAAUUACUUGGUGCUACAGCUAUUGAAGAUAAACUUCAAGAAGGUGUACCACAAUGUAUUGAAAAUCUAGCACGUGCUGGUAUUAAAAUCUGGGUAUUAACUGGCGAUAAAGUUGAAACGGCUUAUAAUAUUGGUUUAUCAUGUCGGUUAUUAACUAAUGAUAUGGAUAUUAAUAUAAUUGAUGCUGAAGAUGAAAAAGGUGUUGCAGCAAAAUUAGAUGAAAUUCGAAAUGAAAUGAUUAAUAAAAUUGAACAAUUAUUCGGUGUUAAAAUUGAAGAUAGAAAGAAACGACUUGAUUGGAAAGAUUGGGGAAUUGAUGUAAUGAAAUUUGAUCAACAUAGAAAAAAUUCUACGAAUAAUACGAAUGGUAAUAAAGAUCAACCAACUGUUCUAAAUGGUAAUGGAUCAACAGCAACAGCAACAACUACUGAAAUGGGUUCACAAAAUAGUGAAGGUUUUGAUGGUUUUGGUUUGUUAAUAACAGGAGCAGCAUUAGUACAUGUAUUAACAGAUAAAUUAAAAAUGAAAUUUCUUGAACUUGGUACAAUGUGUAAAGCUGUUGUUUGUUGUCGUGUAACACCAUUACAAAAAGCUGAAGUUGUUGCAUUAGUUAUGGAUAAUGAAAAGAAAAUUACAUUAGCUAUCGGUGAUGGUGCUAAUGAUGUAUCAAUGAUACAAAAAGCACAUAUUGGUGUGGGAAUUAGUGGACAAGAAGGUCGACAAGCUGUUUUAGCAAGUGAUUUUAGUUUCGGACAAUUUUGUUAUCUUGAAAGACUUUUACUUGUUCAUGGACGUUGGUCAUACUUGCGAAUAUCAAAAUUUUUACGUUACUUUUUUUAUAAAAAUUUUGCAUUUACUCUCUGCCAUUUUUGGUUUGGAUUUUUUUCGGGAUUCUCAGCUCAGACUUUAUAUGAUCCAUUCUUCGUAGCAACAUAUAAUGUUUUCUUCUCAGCAUUACCUGUUCUUGCAUUGGGUGUUUUUGAUCAAGAUGUCACUGCUGCUCAAUCAAUCAAAAAACCACAUUUAUAUACUCCAGGUCAAAAUCAUGAAUUUUUCAAUAAAAAAAUCUUUGCUGAAAGUGUUAUUCAUGGAGUUUUAACGUCAUGUAUAAUCUUUUUUAUUCCAUAUUUGUCUAUAUCAAAUAGUACACGUCCUGGUGGAAUGACGCAAGCUGAUUUACAAUCAUUUGGUUUUAUUGUUGCAACAAUAAUGGUUGUUGUUGUCAAUUUAGAAAAUGCACUUGAAAUGUGGUAUUGGACUGGUUUAUAUCAUUUUGUUUUAUGGGGAACAAUAGCCGUACAUUUCCUAUUCCAUUUUGCAUUAUAUUCAACAUUUAUCUUCAAAAUUUUUAAAACAAAUUAUGAGUAUGUUGGGGUGGCACAAGCUGUUUUAACAACUGGAAAUUUUUGGUUUACAUUAGUAAUAACAUGUGCAAUAUUACUUUUACCUGUAUUUUGUCGAGAAUUUUUUCGUAUGCGAUUUAUGCCAAAUAAAACUGAUCGUGCAAGAUUAAAUCAAAAAUAUCGUAUGGAAGAAAAAGCAGCAUUUGUUGCACAUAUUAAACAAAAAAUACAUCAACCUAGAAAAGUUGCACGAUCAGGUUAUGCAUUUUCUCAACAAGAAGGUUGGGGACCAUUGAUUACAUCUGGACGAAUGAUAUCAAAAGCUCCUUCACGUGCAAGACCAUCAAAUAUUAUUAAUGCGAAUACACCCUCAACAAAUGAUUAUGGUUCAUCUCAAAAAACAAAUGUACUCGAUCCAAUUGAUGAUAAUUCAUCUAAGAACGAAAAAGAAGUCCUUGAUCCAUCAACUGCAAAAAAAACUGUCACAAUUACUGAACCACCAACAGCAUCAACGAGUGCAUCGAAAGAAACUGAUCCAUUAUUAUUAUCUAGUAAAGCCGAGCAAUAA